AUGCAACCAGCCACCAACAAAGCCGUCCUGCUGAUCGCCUUCGCAAUCAAUUCAUCUCCUCGCUUCGGAGCUGUCGUCGUCUGCUCCUCCAUGCAUGUGGCUACGGAUUCCUACACCAUUACGCUCCGAAUGGAGAUGCCCUCCGAUCCCCACGCAUACGAGGCUCAUACAGUGCCACUGCAGACGCAUGGGAUAUCUAAAUCGGUUACGACACCCGCAGGUUGCCCCGACUAA